ACCUCUCUCACCUCACCCACCCUCGCCACUCUUCCCGCUUCUCGCACAGGCCCGUCCUCUGCGCCGCCGCCAUGGCCAACUGCGGCACGCCCGUCGCCGUGUCGACGCUGUACGCGACCAGCACCGACUUCUUCACCUCGACAUCCACGCAGCUCGUCACCGCCGAGGCCAGCGGCACCGGCGCCGGCAGCGUCAGCACCAGCACCGUCCUCGUCACGGGCUCGUCGACGCGCGUCGUGCCGACGUCGACCGUCUUCUCCACGCCGCCGUGCACCACUGCGGCGCCUCAGACUUCCGCGGCGGCCAACCCCACCUCCGCCGCGCCGACGUCGACCCGCGCUCCGGCUGCGUCGAGUGAGAGGCCCACCACCUCCACUCUCGUCGCAACAAGCCUGAGCACGAGCAACGGCAAUGUCGUCCAGGUGACGGUCACGCAGGUCGUCGUCGGCGCCGGACCCUCGUCGACCGUCGUCUCGUCGAACAACGGCAGCACGGGGCAGACCGUCGGCAACUCCUCGAGCGGCGGCGGCUCUUCGCGCGUCGGGCCCAUCGUGGGCGGCGUAGUGGGCGGCGUCGUGGCGCUGCUGCUGGCGGCACUCCUGGCACGCUGGUUCAUUCUGCGCAAGCGCCGGGCGCGCGACUCGGAGAAGCUCGAUGCCUUCUUUGGCGAUGUGAACGUCUCGCGCGGACACUCGCUCGAUGGCUCUGCUAAUGGCGGUGCGGGCGGUGGCCUCGGCGAGAGCAAGCUCUCGGGCGAUGGCGUCGCGCAGGCGCGCCCGCCGCAGCCGUGGGGCUCUCCCUCUGCGGCUCCGGCGAUGAGCGAGGCGGGCUACGGAGCAGCAGGAUGGGGCGCACACGAUGCGGCACAGCGCGCGUCGGGCUACUACGGUCCGUCUACGCAGAUGCACUCUGCUGCUCCCGGCAUGUACCCCGAGCAAUCCGGGUACGGCAACGUCGCGCGCAACCCGAGCGGCAGCAGUGCGCACGCCAACCACGUCGCGCAACAGGCGUACGGCGUCGCAGCUGGCGCCCUGGCAGCAGCCGGCGCCGGCGGUGCAGCCGAUGCAUACGCACACAACUCGGCGCCCAACACGAUGGGUCGCAAUGCGGGCAAGCACAACUCCGGCGGUCGACCAGUCUCUGGUGGCGGCCUCGGCGGCGGACGCACUUACAGCCAGAGCAGCGGUGGUGAGCGCUCCCACCCUGGCUCGCCGCAGUUCGCACCGCAUCGCGCCAUUUCACCGCCGCCACGACAGCCCAGCAACUCGCCGCCUCCGCAGCCCGGCAUGUUCCCGCCCUCGCGCUACGGGCAUCUCGAUGUCGGCGUAGCACCUGCCGCCGGCGGUUCUCCGUCCUCUCAGAGCCCCGGCAUUUCUCGCGAGGCAUCUCUCUCUGCCAUGCCCGCGGCCGCUGCCUCAGCCUCCGCUACGCCCCCCACUCGUUCAGUGUCGGGCGAUGCCUCGCGCGACUCGGUGCAGGCUUAUCAAGCCUCGAUGGCAAGACAAGCGUCAGAAGCUCUUGUGGCCUCCAAGUCGCCGCCGCGACGAACGACGAGGACCGCAGAUGACGAUGGAGACGUGGCGGCGGAGCGUGAGGCCGCCGCAAAGCUCUGGGGCGCCCAUCGCGGACUGCACGUCGCCAAUGGCGCCGACGUCCAGACGCCCUGAAGCAUCCCGCGCCGUCUGCUCCUCCCGAUCUUGACCGUGUCGCUCCGCUCUCGCACGCGCGCAUUCGAGGCUGCAUUGCAAUCAUGCGCCUCUGCGCUCUCCCUCUCCACGACCGAUCGAUCCGUCUCCUGUCGACUCCGCUUUAUCGUCUCCACAUGCUGUACAAUUACAAUCGCUGCGAAGGCCGUUCGCCUCGCCCUUGCCUCUCUGUCCAUCCCAUCGCCAUACGAUCUUAUCACACGUCGCGCCGCUCCUCCCUCAGCACUCCCUUUUCUCCCUUAUCUGCUGUUCUCUUAUUCUCUCUCGCCGUUUCGCCGUAUAGAAUGCGAUGCAGGCACGACGAUGCGCAAUGAAGCAUGAUCGACAUGUGUUC